AUGGGUCUGCGAGAGCACAUAAGGAACAGCUUCCAGGAUCCCCCCGCCUCCCCCAUCCGGGGGGGGGGGGGCGAUAAAGACAACGGGGUCAGAAGAAAUCCAUAUGUGAAAUGUGUUCGAUCUAAUCCCACCGCGCUGGUGGAGCGGGCAGAAGAAGGAUCCACGUCAAACGCCACUGCCUGCCUCCGCGUCUCCACCUGCCUCCGCGUCUCCACCUGCCUCCACAUCUCCACCUGCCUCCACAUCUCCACCUGCCUCCACAUCUCCACCUGCCUCCACAUCUCCACCUGCCUUCACAUCUCCACCUGCCUCCACAUCUCCACCUGCCUCCACAUCUCCACCUGCCUCCACAUCUCCACCUGCCUCCACAUCUCCACCUGCCUCCACAUCUCCACCUGCCUCCACAUCUCCACCUGCCUCUACAUCUCCACCUGCCUCUACAUCUCCACCUGCCUCUACAUCUCCACCUGCAUGGGGCCUCGCCUCGGCCGUUCAGAGGGGCGGGGUGGGGGGCCACACACUCCUUCAGGAACCCAAGAAGCGCUGGACAAGAUGAGCUCCAGGCCACGCCCGGGCCUCGCUCUGCUGCUGCUCUGCUUCCUCCUGCCAGGGUCCGAACAGAUCUGUCCCUCCGUGUGCAUGUGCACCGCGGACACGCUGAGCUGCGCCUCCAGCGGCCUCCGCCGGCUCCCUCGCAACAUGCCGUCCUCCCCGCUCACCUUGGACCUCAGCUUCAACCAUAUGAGCAUGCUGGUGCCCAGAGGCUUCGCCAGCAUGCCCAGGCUGGAGACCCUGCGGAUCACCCACAAUCAGCUCACCUCGCUGGGUCCCGACGUCUUCUACAACGCCUCGGGCCUGCGCCACCUGGACCUGUCCUCCAACAAGCUGCGUGUGAUGGAGCAGCACUACUUCCAGGGCCUGUGGCGGCUGGAAGAGCUGGUCCUCUUCAACAACCAGAUCACCCAGGUGGAGGGCGCCACGCUCAACGGGCUGAGAAGCCUAAAGAAGGUCUACUUCAGCCUCAACCAGAUCACAGACUUCCCGUUCUUCUCCAUCCGGGAGCACAGUCACCCCUUCCUGACCAUGCUGGACCUCUCGUCCAAUCGGCUGGCCACGCUGCCGUGGGAGGACGUGAAGGCCCUGCCCGGGACGGUGCAGCGGGGGCUCUUCCUCCACAACAACACGCUGCUGUGCGACUGCUCCAUGUACGGCAUGUUCUGGCACUGGGAGAUGAAGGGCUUCGACUCCCUGAAGGACUUCUACGAGGACUACAUGUGCACGGUGCGCGGCGACUCCCGCUCCAUCAUCCACUUCCUCCGGCAAAGGCGCGUCUUCCAGAACUGCACCGUGGGCAAGUCGCAGUCCCUGCAGGCCACCGUCCUGCUCUCCAACCUGGUGAUAUUCGAGGGGGAGCGGGCGAGUAUGGACUGCUACACGUCCCUCGGCACCAAGGACCCCUGGUACGUGUGGCUCACCCCCGGCCAGGGCUACAUGAACCAAAGCGCCACUAACGACAGCCUCAUCAGCGUGUUCGCCAACGGCACCCUGGAGAUCCCGGCGGCCAGGCUCAACGACUCGGGCCUCUACGUGUGCACGGCGGUGGACCAGCAGCAGAUGGUGAACGCCACGCGCGAGUUCAACCUGACGGUGGUGCGGCCGCCGGCCGAGACCUUCAGCACGGGCUACACCACGCUGCUGGGCUGCGCCGUGACCACCGUGCUCAUCCUCAUGUACCUCUACCUGACGCCGUGCCAGUGCGGCUGCUGCAGCCCGCCGGGCCCCCCCGCCGACCCCGUCUCCAUCUACAGCCCGGUGGCGUACAGCGGCGUGCCCCCCGCGGGCGGCCCGGAGGAGCAGGUGCUGCAGCGGGUGCAGAGCCGGCGCGUGGCGUUCCUGGAGCCGCUGAUGAUCGAGCAGAACCAGAACGGGCGCACCAAGGGGAACGAGACCACGCUUCCGGUUCAGUGGUGCUGGGACAACGCCGUGAUGAACGAGACCGCCUUUUUGGACGGGGUCCUUAAGGUCUGA